UCCAAAGCGGUGAAUUAUUAACUACAGGAUUAUCUCAAAGUACAGUGCAACACCCAUCAUUUUCCUUCAAAAACAUCUUCCAGCCACAGCCUGCAGGAGAAGCCUCUCCCACGGCCACGGGAACAUGGCUCAGAGGCUCUGCUGUGCCUGGAUUUUCCUCCUCCUCCUCCUCCUGCCCGGCCCCGCAGCCGGAGGGAAGCUGCUGGUGGUGCCCAUGGUGGGGAGCCACUGGCUGAGCAUGCAGGAGGUGGUGGAGAAGCUCAGCCAGCGGGGCCAUGAGGUGGUGGUGCUGAUGCCAGAGGUGAGCUGGCACAUGAAGACCUCUCAGGCCUACGAGGUGCUCACGUACCCCGUGACACAGACCCUGGAGGAGCUGGACGGUGCCUUCAGCGACUACGUGGCCAUUCACCUGAAGGGCCUGCCCUUCCCCCUGAAUGUCCUGGACAUGUACAAGAAAUCGGUGCACGUCUUCGACAUCUUCUUUGGCCAGUGCAAGGACCUGUUCCGCAGCCAGGAGACCCUGAAGGCGCUGAACCAGAGCGGGUUCGACGCCAUCCUGACGGAUCCCUUCUUCAUGUGUGGGCCGACACUCGCCCACUACCUCUCACUCCCCUUCGUGUUCUUCAUGAGGGGCUUCGGCUGCAACCUCCACUUUGAAGCCCCACAGUGCCCAAGCCCCCUGUCCUACGUCCCGAGGCUGUUCACCUUCAACUCGGACCGCAUGACUUUCUUCCAGAGGGUGGAAAACGCCCUGAUCUCCCUCCUGGAGCUCAAGUACUGUGAUGGUUUCUACAACGAAGCGCUGAAGUUGUCCUCAGAAGUCCUGCAGAGGGACGUGUCCCUCAUGGACCUGGUGCACUCUGCUUCCAUCUGGCUGCUGAGGUUUGACUUUGUGUUCGAGUAUGUCAGGCCUGUGAUGCCCAACAUGGUCUUCAUUGGAGGAAUAAACUGUGCUAAGGAGAAACCACUGCCUAAGGAAUUUGAAGCCAUUGUGAAUGCCUCUGGAGAACAUGGCAUCGUUGUCUUCUCGCUGGGCUCCAUGGUCUCCGAGAUCCCCAUGAAGAAAGCCAUGGAAAUCGCGGAUGCCUUGGGAACAGUCCCUCAGACGGUCUUGUGGCGGUACACGGGCCCGACGCCCCCCAACCUGCCCCAGAACGUGAAGCUCGUCAAGUGGCUGCCGCAGAACGAUCUCCUGGCCCACCCCAAGACUCGAGCCUUCAUCACCCACGGGGGCUCCCACGGGAUCUAUGAGGGCAUUUGCAACGCAGUGCCCAUGGUGCUGAUGCCCCUGUUUGGAGACCAGAUGGACAAUGCCAAGAGAGUGGAGUCCAGGGGAGCAGGACUGACCCUGAACAUCCUGGAAAUGACCUCCCAGGACAUCUCCACCGCCCUGAGAGCCGUCAUUAAUGACAAAAAGUACAAGGAGAACAUCCAGCGCCUCUCAGACCUUCACCUGGACAGGCCCAUCCACCCCCUGGACCUGGCUGUGCACUGGGUGGAGUUUGUGAUGAGGCACAAAGGGGCCCCCCACCUCAGGCCCGCUGCCCACGACCUCAACUGGGUGCAGUACCACUCCCUGGACGUCCUGGGCUUCCUCCUGCUCGUGCUGCUCCUCUCCCUCUUCAUCUCCUUCAAGUGCUGCCUGUGCUGCUGCCGCAGGUUCUGUGGCAAGAAGGGAAGGACGAAGAAAGCAGCCAAAUCCAAGACCCACUAGCAGGUGACUCCGAGUCCCACCAGCAGGUGACACCCGUGGUGGGAAAUAAAUCCUCUGCUCUGGGCCUCAAGGAUCAGAGAACAGCUCAGAUUUCACUGCAAUAAACACUGAUUUUCAGUCCAGCAAUAAUAGGGAUCCUUUAAAAUAGCACCACGAGAGGGGUUGUUGCACUGAGAUAAUUUUUUGCCUUUAAUUAAGAAUCUGUUGUUUCAAAAUACCUUGUGGGGAAAUUGCUUUUCACGCUCAGACACUUCACGGCCGGGUGGGAAAUCCAAGGCUCCUGGUUUCCACCUCUUGGCGUACAGAGGCCUCAGAGGGACUUUUUGUUUUCACCUCUCCAUGCAACAGGGACAUACAGGGAUUUUGGAAGUCUUCCAGGGUUUUAGGAGAACCAUCUAGUGUCAGGUUUAUCAAACACUCUGAGAUCUUUUGUGUAGUUGCUGUUGUAGAAGAGGCAAAUGUUAUGCACUGACAAUGCAUGUCAUGAAAACUAAGCUUCCAAUGGGGUUGGGGGGAGUGUUUACAAUAUCCUGAACAAAACCAAGGGUUUUGACAGGGAAGCUGCUGGAAAACCACUGUGUUUCCCCCCAACUUCCUCCUGCUCAGUGCUGUGGCUGGAGCUCACCUGUUAUAAACUCCAACUGAUUGAUUCUUGUGGAGUGAUGCUCAGGCAAAAACCCAAACCCCAGCCCUUUAAAUAAACCCCAAAUACUAAAAA